AUGGCUCAGACUGCAUCCGCCCAGAUGUCUCCGGCCUCUGUGCCUAAGCGGCCAAGAGGUAUCCUCAAGAACUCCUCCUCGUUUCGGCAGGCAUCGCCCGAGACCGCUACAAGUCCUACGCCAGAGAAAUCUGCUCCGACAGACGAUGCURCCAGCAAGUCUGAAUCUGUUGUUGACAGGCCCGGCAUGCCGCCACGCGAGCUGUCCGAGAAGGAAAUCACACUCAUGAACACGGAGCGAAACGCCGGCAACAGCCAUCGUCGCACAAGCAGCAAUCCUCGCAGUAGCAUCAGCCGACGUCAGUCAGCCCAGAGCGGAACAGGCGAGUCAGGCGAGGGCGAGUCGGAUGGUAUGCGUUUGAAAUGGGACGAGGCCAAUCUCUACCUGAACGAGGGCCAAAUGGGUGGCCGCAUGAAGAUUGACGAACCGAAGACGCCAUACGCCAAAAACUACGACCCCACUGAGGACGAAGACGAGAUCUCCACCAUCAAUGCCCAAGAGCUGGCAGUCGACGAGCUUGAGAUGAACAGGAUGGGUUCGGGAGUUCGCAAGAAUUCCGGAUCGCGUGCCAAAGACAACGAAAUCCCGGACAUUGACAUUGGCCAGCCCGAGCUGGAGCCUCUCUCGCGGGCAGAUAGCGACAGCGAGCGUAAAGUCCAGGUCGCGAGCGAGGAUCCACGUGAGAACGGCAGCCAUCAUGGCGAGGAUGACACAUCGGGCAUGAGUCAGGAAGAGCAGGAGAAGCACAAGAAGUUCGAAGACAUGCGCAAGAAGCACUACGAGAUGAAGAACAUAAAGUCUCUUCUCGGCCAUCCUGAGGAGCUCGAUGCAAUGGAGGAGGACGAAGACUAG